ACAAGAAGUUGAUCUCGAGCAACAGACUGAUUUGCACAAAAGGAGGAGAUUGAUUGUGCCGUGUCUGUUCUGGGAGGAGAGGCAGAGACUGAGGGAAAAAAAAUCCCUUUGUAGGUUUCAUUCUGACUUCGAAGAACAGAAGAAAGACAUCUGUCCCAGUUCACUUACGUCUUUUUGGCCUCUUUCAAGAAACCAUUUCCUGGCCUUUCUCCAUCUAUGACUAAAGGUUCUACCAUAGCCUCACCUCUUGCCUUCCAGUUUCAGAAGAUGGGCUCAUUCCGAAGACCCCGGCCACGCUUCAUGAGUUCCCCAGUGCUGACAGACUUGCCACGUUUUCUGGCAGCUCGGCAGUCUCUGAAUCUCAGUUCCAGUUCUGCUUGGAACAGCGUUCAAACGGCAGUGAUCAAUGUGUUCAAAGGGGGAGGCUUGCAAAACAAUGAACUCUACACCCUCAAUGAACAUGUCAGACGGCUGUUGAAGAGUGAACUUGGAUCCUUUAUCACAGACUACUUCCAGAACCAGCUCCUUGCGAAGGGCUUGCUGUUCAUUGAGGAAAAGCUCAAUCUUUGUGAAGGAGAGAAACGAAUCCAUGUAUUAGCUGAUAUAUGGGAUCACUUCUUCACAGAGACUCUUCCCACACUCCAGGCUAUAUUUUAUCCUGUUCAGGGUCAAGAAUUAACUAUUCGCCAAAUUGCUCUGCUUGGCUUCAGAGACUUAAUUUUGUUAAGAGUGAAGCUGGAUGAGAUUCUUCCUCUGGUUCAAACCAAGGUCCCUCCUUCCAUUGUCCAGAUGCUACUGAUCUUACAGGGAGUCCAUGAGCCCACAGGUCCCAGUAAGGCCUUCAUGCAGUUGGAGGAGCUUGUUAAGCAGGUGGUCUCCCCAUACCUUGGUCUCUGUGAAGAACAUUGCUUUCCUGGCAGCACCUGUGCCCUGGAGAGAAGAUACUAUAGACCUCGUCCCAAUGGACUGAGCUUUUCUUCUCAUACUGUGGCAGCCCGCCAGGCCAGUGAGACUGCCUUGACACCCCUGACAGAGCAAGAGGGGGAGGCAUACCUUGAGAAAUGUGGAAGCAUCCGUCGGCAUACUGUUGCCAAUGCUCAUUCGGAUAUCCAGCUAUUGGCCAUGGCUUCCAUGAUGCACUCGGGCAUGGUGGUGGAAGAACCAGAUAAUGGUGACAAAUGCCUUAUCCUGCAGUCCAGCUUAAACCACAGGCAAUGUUCAAGUGAGCCCAGCAUUGCAGAUGGGCCAGAAGGACUGGGGACACCAACUAUGCAGGAGCCUUCAGAACUGAGCUGCACAUCUGUCUGCUAAAAGGCUACACAACUGGAACUGCUCCUGGGAGAAGAAGAAGAAGUGCACUUAUCAAAACAGUGGAUUGCUAAUUGCUGCUGUGAACAGUGGAGAAUUCAAGCACUAGGAAUUGAAUCUACUUGACAUGUCUGGGGGCUGGCUUAAAAUGUUGACGUCUCUUUUGAAAAUGUUUUUCAUCUCCCCAGUUAUGUGGCUUAUUUUUCAAUGAUGGUACAAAGCUGCUAAUUUCUAGUACUCCAGCAUCCUUUAUCUGUCUUUUCUGUUUGGGGAGUGGCCUUUUUCAGAGGUUUUCCUCGACUGGGUUCCUCCCCCCUGGGCUGCUCUUGCCUUCUUUGACUUGUGCAUUUCAGGCACUGUGGUAUUGUGUAAGUGUCAUUUGGGGAUGUAGUACAUAACUAGGAAGGUGAGAAAUGCUACAGGGGAAUGCAACCACCCUGUACUGAAUAGAGGAAACCAGCCAUGAAGCCUUUUGCACCAUAGGAAAAGUGACAAGUGGCGCAUAAUGAAGCACUGAGUCAAUGGCCCUUUUCACGCUACUGUUGUAAACUGGAUGUUCUUUGUUGUUGGCCUGAUUUCGA